AUGGGAUGUUUCAUGUCUAAAUUGAGUGAAAAAGCAGAGUCUAUCAAAUCACGAAAUUCGCAGAAAGAAUUUCGAUUUGUUGGUGGUAGAAGAUUUCAUAAUGUAAAAGAUGCCUUAUAUCCUCUACCAAAUGAUGAAGAAGAAUCGGAUAGAUUACACUUACAACAUUUUUUGAUAAGAUAUAUCUGGCAAAGCAACUUUUCUGUUCCCAUCGAACAUACUUUGUCUAAACCGGGAUCUAAAAUUCUAGAUAUUGGGUGUGGCGCAGCUUCAUGGUCAUUUGAUAUAGCAACCUCAUAUCCAUCGACUAACGUUGUUGGAUUAGAUAUAUCACCAUAUCAACCCACACAGAUAAAACCUAGCAAUUUCACCUUCGCUAAAGCAAAUGUUCUAGAAGGAUUACCAUUCGAAGAUAACACUUUUGAUUUUGUAUUUCAAAGAUAUUUGAUUUCUGGAUAUUCAAAAGAGAAUUGGCCAUAUAUAAUAAAUGAAUUGGUUAGAGUUUUAAAACCCGGUGGAUAUUUGGAGAAGAAAGGUGUAGAUUGGGACACAUAUCAAAAGUUAGAAGAAUAUGCACAAAAUCAAGGUCAGUUAGAAAACAUUAAAAAAGAAGUAAAACAAUGCUAUCAUGGUUUAAAGUCAAAUGAUAUUGAACUUAGUAAACUGGCUAUCAGUAACACGACUUCUGUGUAUAUUUCUCUUAAGCCAUCUUUAACAAAAGCAUUAAAUAUUUCUGAUGAUGAAUUUGAUGAGUUGAUUAAAACAUCAAAAGAUGAGUUAUUUGAGUUUGAUACUUACUACAAUAUUGUUCGUGUUUAUGCGAGAAAAAUUUAA